CACACACACACACACACACACACACACACACACACACACACACACACACACACACACACACACACACACACACACACACACACACACACACACACACACACACACACACACACACUGCCCAGUACAGGGAGAGUAAAAUGGGAGGCCUUCAUUCAUCACGACUCAUCCAGGCUUGAAUCGGUCCAUUCACUCUGAAUGUGAGUGGAGGGAGUAGCGGGUGGAGCACAUCAGUGGUGGAAGCAGUGCAGGUGUGGCUCUGAAGCAGUCAUGAGUGGAAUACUGAAGAGGAAGUUUGAGGAGGUGGAGGGAGCGUCCCCGUGUUCCUCACUGAGGGAGUCAGAAGAGGAGGAGAUAUCGAGCAGCGAGAGUGGAGACAGCAGCGACAGCGUCAAUCCCUCUGCCUCUCACUUCACACCUUCCUCCAUCCUGAAGCGAGAGAAGCGGAUGAGAACACAGAGGGUGCAUUUCGAGAAGGUGACAGUGUAUUAUUUCAGCCGGCGGCAAGGCUUUACCAGCGUGCCCAGUCAGGGAGGCAGCACCUUGGGCAUGUCGAGCCGGCACAGCUCUGUACGGCAGUACACACUCGGCGAGUUUGCCAAGGAACAGGAGCGUAUACACAGGGACAUGCUGAGAGACCACCUGAAAGAGGAAAAACUCAACUCUAUCAAGCUAAGGCUGACUAAAAAUGGUUCUGUCGAGUCAGAAGAGGCCAAUUCUCUCACAGUGGACGAUAUCUCAGAUGAUGACCUGGACCUAGACAACACAGAAGUGGAUGAAUACUUUUUCCUCCAACCACUGACCACCAAGAAGCGCCGGGCCCUGCUUCGUGCAUCCGGGGUCAAGAAGAUUGAUGUGGAGGAGAAGCAUGAGCUGAGGGCCAUACGAGUCUCCCGUGAGGACUGUGGAUGUGACUGCAGACUCUUCUGUGACCCAGAGACUUGCACCUGCAGCCUGGCAGGCAUUAAGUGCCAGGUAGACCGUAUGUCGUUCCCGUGUGGCUGCACUAAAGAGGGCUGUAGUAACGCGGCGGGGCGGAUUGAGUUCAACCCCAUCCGUGUGCGCACACACUUCCUGCACACCAUUAUGAAACUGGAGCUGGAGAAGAGCAGGGAGCAGCAGCAGAGCUCAGCCCCUGGUCCGGCCUCUGUUUCUGCCCCUAAUGGCAAUGGUUACCACAGUGACACCAAUGGCCACUGCAGUCCACUGACAUCAGGCCAACAUGCUCUAGAAUAUUCUGUCCCUGAUCCCAUUCAGCAGAGCACCAUCAUGCACCUGCAAGCUGUGGAUGACAUGGAUGAGGCCUUGGAAGAGGAAGAGGAUGAGGAAGAGGAGGAGGAAGAAGAAGAUGAAGAUGAGGAUGAAGAUGAAAAUGAAGAUGACGAAGAUGAGAGCAGCAGUUUGUGUAGCCUGUCGGACUCAAGCACACAGAGUCUGGCGAAUAGUGACUCAGAGGAGGAGGAAGACGAUGUCGACGAUGAUGAAGACAAGGCAGAGGAGUUUGAGGAUGGCCUGACCAUCGCUCCUUUGUCACACAGUGAGGUGGUCUCUCCAUCCACUGUGAUGUGCUACUCGGAUAACACGGUCACACAGGAGAACCAAACCAAUGGCAAUGCUUAUUUUAUCAACUCCACAGCUGAAUACUAUCAAAUGGAGAAUGCCAGCUCGGCAUCACUUUUAGCAGCUGCUAACCAGGCUAGUGAGAGCUAUGGAGGAGAUUCAAGCUCAUAUCAAGAAAGGGUUAACAACACUAAUGGGGUGAUGGCACCAGGAGCCUUUAACAUGACCACUGAGCAUUACACUGACUAUUCACAGCCACCUGAGGAACAAUAUGCCAAUCAUCAUUUCACUCUCACUAAUGGAUCCUCAGCCACGAUUGGCUGCUGUGAACCGGAACAGGACAAAAGCAUGCAAUCAAAAGGGACCUACCACAGCCAGUCAGGAGAUCUGAGUCAGAUGGAGUACCAAAACUAUCUGAACAAUAACACAGAGGAGGGAUACACGACUAACGGGAACUGUUUUGUGGUAGAGCAGCCAAAAGAGGUAUCUCAUAGCCUUUCUGAGGUUACCUCUUUAGCAGAUACCACCAAUGGACCCCCAAUACUGGAGCCUUUCCCUGAGCCCACCCCUGUUUAGAUACACACAUUAAACACCUGAGGAGGAGACACAAAUGGUAAGCUAUCAAGUGUUUGAUUCAAAUGCCACAAAGACUCAAAUAAUGGUCUUUGUUUCUACACUUGACAUAGUUAGUUUGAAGACAUUGACAUGUAUGAUAUACAUAAUCAUGUAUUUUUCAAUGAGCCAGAAAAAAAAAUCCAUAAUUCUAAGUGCAAACUGAGAUCAUAUAAACUGUAAGCUUUAGGCCUGUGCAAUGUUAUCUGGUAUUUCAAAAGUCAAAGUUCUAGUUUUGAGCAGAUAUUGUGGAUAGAACUUUUCUAUGUCUAUGUGUCAGUGGUGCAAAAAAUUUGUUGCUGUUCAUUAAUAUAUUAAAGAAAAUGUGUACACUUAAUCAUUUUGAUAAAACGCAUGUUCUUUUGUAGCUUUUGUUGCCAAUAUAUGGUUUUUGUAUUGAUUGCAUUGAUGUACUGUUUAAAAAAAAAAGGUUACGUUCUCGUUGUUACAUAUGUAUAUCAUGCUUUUAAAGCAUUUGUAAAAGCAUGAAGCCUGAUCUUAAAAUGUUUGCUGUUUUUGCAAUACCAAAUCAGAUGAUUUAAGUUGUGAAUAUAAUACACUUCAUGAAGACAAUGCACUUUUCCAGAGGCUGAUGCCGUGCAAAACGGCAAAUAGUCUUUAGCAGCACUGAUAAGGUGAACUAUCUCUUACCAUUAUUUUAAUCCUCAUUACACCACUCUGGUGGUGAAAGGAUGAAAGAGUGCUUCAUUUUGAACAUUUCCAACUAAUAUCUUUGGGAUUAUACAGGGACAUCUGAUCAAAUGCACUUUGAAAAGCAUCAAAUUAAUUUGUUCUGAGGCAUUGCAUAUCUUUUGAAAUUAAGCUAUGUGUUCAAAUUAUUUAAAAAAAAUGUAUAUGGAAGAAAAGGAAGGGGAAAACAAACAUUUCUGAAAAUGUAGAAAGUUUAUUAAGUUAAACUAAUCAUAAUGUGGAGAAUCAGAAAUCUAGUGAUUAAAUAGAUCUUGCACAAGCUAUAAUAAGGCUUGUACAUGGUUAUUUCCCAGUUUAAUGUGGUUCUUAGUACUGUAUCUUAAAAAAAGAAAUCAUAUUUAAGAUGAAUGGCUAAAGAGGCAUCACAAAUCUGUGGUAUUGAAUUGACUUCUCUGAGCAUCAGAUUAUGUUGUAAAUUCUAAGGUGAACAAAAUUAUACAUUUAUAAAUAGAACAAAUUAUUUUAAAGACUAAUUAGUCAGUCAAGUGCAAUAGUGUAACAGGAGAUCAACUAGGGUCAUUGCUGGAGGUCAGUCCUUCAUUGCCAGAUCUCACGAUUCGGCUAAUUUGCUGACUGAUCUUGUGACUGAAAUUGUAUUACAUGCACAAUUACAAUAGUGUAACAUAUUCCUCAAUAGUGUUUCGAUGAAACGUAAGCUAUUUUUUAAGCGGAUAGUUGUUUUUUCAAGAAGCAGAAAAGAGGACAAUCAUAUUCCUGCAGUGAUUUUGCCAGUGUAUAGUCGAACUACAGGGCUCACUACAGCCAGCAUAUUAGAGCAGAUGUAUACGCCAUAAAUUAAUUUCUCAAACAAAAUUUUACAUUAAAUCAUUGAACAAUUAAAUAAAUCUUUCAUACAGAUAAAAGAAAACGAACAACAAAAAUAGUUUGGAAGAUAAACCUUUUGUGUGACUUAACACAAAGUGAAUGCUUUUCUUUCGUUCGUUUUUUUCCGUUUUAUAUCUUCUCAAAUGUAAAAUGGGAAAUCUUGUUACCACCCAGACUAUGUCCAUAUAGUUUGGGCUUGCCUUUGAUAUUCAUGUAUCAUUGUUUCCAUACUUUGUUUCUAGCCUUUUUUUUUACCUCUUGACUUAAUGGACAGUGCUUGUAUUUGACCUCAUUCUCUGUUCAUCAUAUGAAGCGAUGUCUUGGUCGUGCUGUAGCAGAAAGCAGUACAUCCAGCAUUGCCACCACACUCUGUUUGCAGUAUUUAUUCCGAAUGAUCUAUUGAAAUGUGUAUUUAUUGUGAUUUCCUGAAAUGGUAUGUGCUGAAUAAAACAUUUGUUUGCUAA